GAGCGACCAGGAUGUUCCUCCGUCUCGCUGCGCCCCGCCCCAUCCUCCCUGAACGUUGAGGGCGGGCCUGUGCGGCGCGAGGCCGGAACCUGUGGGAUAUCCACGCAGCUUGAGCUAUGGCUGACAGUGGCAGAACGCCUCAGGCCCGGGCUCUCCUGCAGCAGUGCCUGCACGCCCGGCUGCAAGUACGCCCGGCCGAGGGGGACGUCGAGGCCGAAUGGGUGGAGGUUCAAAGAGGAUUAGUGAUCUACGUGUGCUUUUUCAAGGGAGCUGAUAAAGAACUUCUUCCCAAAAUGGUUAAUACACUGUUAAAUGUGAAAUUAAGUGAAACAGAAAAUGGCAAGCACGUCUCUAUAUUGGAUCUACCUGGCAACAUUCUUAUCAUCCCUCAAGCCACCCUUGGGGGUAGAGUAAAAGGAAGAAGCAUGCAGUAUCACUGUAACUCUGGAAAAGAAGAGGGAUUAGAACUUUAUUCUCAAUUUGUGAAUCUCUGUAAAAAAGAAUUAGCUGCUAAUAGCAAGUGUGCUGAAGCUGGGGUUGUCGUGAAACACGGUACUUAUGGCAGUAGGCAGGUGUUAAAGCUCGACACCAAUGGACCGUACACACACCUAAUUGAGUUUUGAAAGUUUCGACAGCUGUAAUUAGAUUCCCUAGCCCCUUCUUCCGGAGAAGGCAAUGGCACCCCACUCCAGUACUCUUGCCUGGAAAAUCCCAUGGAUGGAGGAGCCUGGUGGGCUGCAGUCCAUGUGGUUGCUAAGAG